AUGUACACACCUUACAUCACAGUCAUCUACAUCUGCAGCUCCCCGGAUACCUUCAGAGCCCUGAUGCUUCUGGCCCUGGAAGCUGGUCUCAGCGGGGAGGACUAUGCUUUCUUCCACCUGGAUCUCUUCGGGCAAAGCCUGCAAGGUGCACAGGGCCUUGGCUCCCGCAGGCCCUGGGAGCGGGGGGAUGGGCAGGAUGUCAGUGCCCACCGGGCCUUUCAGGCUGCCAAGAUCAUUACAUACAAAGAGCCAGAUAACCCUGAGUACGUGGAAUUCCUGCAGCAGCUGAAGCACUUGGCUCAUGAGCAGUUCAACUUCACCCUGGAGGACGGCCUGGUGAACACCAUCCCAGCGUCCUUCCACGACGGGCUCCUGCUCUUCGUCCAGGCGGUGACAGAGACCCUGGCCCACGGGGGAGCCGUCACCGACGGGGAGGGCAUCACCCAGCGGAUGUGGAACCGGAGCUUCCAAGGUGUGACAGGACACCUGAAAAUAGCAGUGGGGCUGCUCUCGGCUCGGCUCAGGCAGCGGUGCCAGGGCUCUGGGAAGGGGCUGCGGGUCAGAGCCUCCCCACACGGGUCAGGGGCUCAGAGGCCAGUUUCUUGCCUCAGGAAGAUGCAGCUGGAGAAGGAACUGGCCUCAGAGCUGUGGCGGGUGCGUUGGGAGGACUUGCAGCCCAGCAGCCUGGAGAGGCACCUCCGGAGUGCGGGCAGCCGGCUGACCUUGAGUGGGAGAGGCUCCAAUUACGGCUCCCUCCUCACCACAGAGGGCCAGUUCCAGGUCUUUGCCAAGACGGCGUAUUAUAAGGGCAAUCUCGUGGCUGUGAAAAGUGUGAACCGCAAACGCAUUGAGCUGACAAGAAAAGUCCUGUUUGAGCUGAAGCAUAUGCGGGAUAUACAGAACGACCACCUGACCAGGUUUGUGGGUGCCUGCACCGAUCCCCCCAACAUCUGUAUCCUCACUGAGUACUGCCCCCGUGGAAGCUUGCAGGACAUUCUGGAAAAUGAGAGCAUCACCCUGGACUGGAUGUUCCGGUACUCGCUCACCAAUGACAUCGUCAAGGGCAUGCAGUUCCUGCACAGUGGGGCCAUUUGCUCCCACGGGAACCUCAAGUCGUCCAACUGUGUGGUAGACGGUCGAUUUGUGCUCAAGAUCACUGACUAUGGGCUCGAGAGCUUCAGGGACCCAGAGCCUGACCAAGGACACACCCUCUACGCCAAAAAGCUGUGGACAGCCCCCGAGCUCCUGCGAAUGGCCUCACCCCCCGUCCGGGGCUCCCAAGCCGGUGACAUCUACAGCUUUGGGAUCAUCCUUCAGGAGAUUGCCCUGAGAAGUGGCGUAUUCCACGUGGAAGGUUUGGACCUCAGCCCCAAAGAGAUCAUCGAGCGGGUGACUCGGGGCGAGCAGCCCCCGUUCCGGCCCUCCCUGGACCUGCAGAGUCACCUGGAGGAACUGGGGCACCUGAUGCAGAGGUGCUGGGCUGAAGACCCGCAGGAGCGGCCGCCCUUCCAGCAGAUCCGCACGAUGCUGAGAAAGUUUAACAGAGAGAACAGCAGCAACAUCCUGGACAACCUGCUGUCCCGCAUGGAGCAGUACGCCAACAACCUGGAGGAGCUGGUGGAGGAGCGGACCCAGGCCUACCUGGAGGAGAAGCGGAAGGCCGAGGCCCUGCUCUACCAGAUCCUGCCUCACUCAGUGGCUGAGCAGCUGAAGCGCGGCGAGACCGUCGAGGCCGAAGCCUUUGACAGCGUGACUAUCUACUUCAGUGACAUUGUGGGUUUCACAGCCCUGUCCGCCGAGAGCACGCCCAUGCAGGUGGUGACCCUGCUCAAUGACCUGUACACUUGCUUCGAUGCCGUCAUAGACAACUUCGAUGUGUACAAGGUGGAGACGAUCGGCGACGCCUACAUGGUGGUGUCGGGGCUCCCGGUGCGGAAUGGGCGGCUGCACGCCUGCGAGGUGGCCCGCAUGGCCCUGGCGCUGCUGGACGCCGUGCGCUCCUUCCACAUCCGCCACCGGCCCCAGGAGCAGCUGCGCUUGCGCAUCGGCAUCCACACAGGACCCGUGUGUGCUGGUGUGGUGGGGUUGAAGAUGCCCCGUUACUGUCUCUUUGGGGACACAGUCAACACGGCCUCAAGAAUGGAGUCUAACGGGGAAGCCCUGAAGAUCCACCUGUCCUCGGAGACCAAGGCUGUCCUGGAGGAGUUCGGUGGUUUCGAGCUGGAGCUUCGAGGGGAUGUAGAGAUGAAGGGCAAAGGCAAAGUUCGGACCUACUGGCUGCUGGGGGAGCGGGGGAACAGCACCCGAGGCUGACCCGCCUUUCCUCCUGGCCUCCCACACCUCCCUUCCCGGCGCCAGAAGUGACAGCGAGGGUCCAGGCCUCACCCUCACCCACCGCAGCCCCACUGUUGCCAGAGGAUCCAGAGAAGUGGUUUGAACAACUCAGGUGUGCUCACUCCAGUGGCGACCCCACAUACCACCUCUGAAAGAGGACCGGUGUCGGGGGAGAGAACUCGGUGUCGGGGGAGAGAACUCGGAGCUUACAGAACCAGAACAAAGCCCACACCCGUUAUCCACCCCCACUCAGGCCACGCUGGGGUGUGGGUUCCUGGAUCCUCCUGCCCCUCCUGUGCCCUCCUCCCUCCGCCUUGCUACACUGUGACUUUUAUGGGGAAGGGGAAGAGCCAUCUUAGGGGCAAUAGCAAAGGUUUUAGAAGUGAAUCUGGGGUGGGGGGAGUCCACAACUGCCACAAACACCCCCUAUCUCCCACCACCCACCACUGGAUACAGUGUGCAGCGGAGAGGCAAGGUAUGGAGGGGCCGACGGCCUGUAUGCCUUGCUUCUCAACUGGGAGUGGAGACCAUUAAAAUCGUUAUCCUAGUGA